AUGUUGUAUAAGAAGACUCCAUUACAUGAAGCAGCUUUAUAUAACAGGAGUAAUGCUGUCCAGUGGUUACUCAGUAAAGGGGCUGACCUUGAGUCAAGAGAUGAUGAUGGAUGGACUCCUCUCAUAGUAGCAGCUGCUAAUGGUCAUACACAGGUAGUGACAAUGCUCCUUGAAAAAGGAGCAGAUGUCACUGCCUCUGAUAAUGCUGGUAAGACUGCUCUUGAUUAUGCUUAUGGUGACACUGCCACUAUACUGAGAGUACACUCAGGUAAUGUAUUUAUUAGUUUAUUAAACUGAUGUUAUUAUACUGUAUGUAGUACUGUAUUGUUAGUAAAUUUUAUGACACAGCUUGAG